UAUCUUGCGAUGCUGAAAGGUUUUGGCGGCUGCGGCAACCUCGAAGCUUCCACAGUGACAAGGGAAGCUCGGUAGAAGCCAUUGGAAGAACCCCAAGUAUAUCCACAACGAUGAGAAGAGAGAAUAUUGUGCUAUUCUGAUGUCAAUAGUUCUAUUACGGCUACGUUUAAAUACAGAGUUGCAUGCCUUAAAGUGAUCAUCACGGCAAGGGUGACAUGGCCUAUUUCCCCUCCGAGAGGAGUGAUUGGAGGGCCAUAGCCAUGAGCAUGGCUUUUGGUCAUCACUCCGGCUGGCCCAGGGUAAUGAAUGCCUCUGACUACAUGCUCUACGACGAGGCCUCCGUAGCCUGCCAACUAGAAAGACCGGUUCCUCUGAUGGCGAGUGGCAGUAGUAGCAGCAGAGUGUAUGGGAGUGGGAUGCAGACUCCGAAGGAGCAGGGAGUUUCCAGGGUUGCAUUCAGAACAAAGUCUGAAAUUGACAUCCUGGAUGAUGGUUUCAAGUGGAGAAAGUACGGGAAGAAAUCAGUGAAGAGCAGCCCAAACCCAAGGAACUACUACCGUUGCUUAACGGAAGGAUGCGCGGUGAAGAAGAGAGUGGAAAGAGACGGAGAAGACCCUAGCUAUGUGAUAACCACGUAUGAGGGGGUGCACAACCACCACACCAGCCCGGCCGCCCUUUAUCUCACGCCUAUCGAGAAUGCCUUCGGUGCAUCUCUGGUUGCCGGAGACGUCUGAUGCUGCCCGCUGGCUCUCUCUCUCUCUCUCUCUCUCUCUCUCUCUGGGGUGGGCAUUUCGUGAGGUGAGUGGUGGGUGUAAUACAUUAAUAUAUUGGAUAUUUGGCGAAGUUCUUCAUUCUAAUAUUUUCAUUA